CGGCGCGGGGCGCUCCGCCCCCCAGGUGACGGCCAGGUGACGCAGUCACAUGACUCGCGGAGUCGGGCAGCUCGAGGACUGCGGGGAGCGGGCGGGAUGGGUUGUGCGGCGCUGCUGUGGGGUUGCGUCCUGCUCGGCUGGGGCCCGGCGUCUCUCGCUGCCGCUGCGCUCCCGACGGCCGGCUACGUGCUGGACGAUGCCGACGGGCUGGGCAGGCAGUUCGACGGCAUCGGGGCUCUGAGCGGCGGUGGGGCCACAUCUAGACUCCUGGUGAACUAUGAAGAACCUUAUCGCUCCCAGAUUUUAGAUUAUUUGUUUAAGCCAAAUUUUGCUGCUGCUUUACAUAUCCUUAAAGUGGAGAUUGGAGGGGAUGGACAAUCAACAGAUGGUACUGAACCCUCCCAUAUGCACUAUGAAAAUGAUGAGAACUACUUCCGGGGCUAUGAAUGGUGGCUGAUGAAAGAAGCUAAAAAAAGGAACCCUAAAAUUAAGCUGAUUGGAUUACCCUGGACAUUUCCAGGAUGGAUAGGGAAGGGUGAAAACUGGCCCUAUGACUAUCCAGAUGUCACUGCUUACUAUGUUGUUUCUUGGAUAUUAGGAGCUAAACAGUAUCAUGAUUUGGACAUCGAUUAUGUUGGGAUAUGGAAUGAAAGGGCAUUUAGCAGCAAAUAUAUUAAGCUGUUGAGAUACACAUUGGAUAAGCAUGGCCUGCAGCAGGUGAGGAUCAUAGCCAGCGAUAGACUGUGGGAACCCAUUUCCUUUGCCUUGCUGAUUGACUCUGAGCUCAACGGAGUGGUCGAUGUGAUUGGGGCUCACUAUCCUGGAACAAAAACAGUCCCCAAUGCCCUAUUAACUAAGAAGAAAUUGUGGUCUUCAGAAGAUUACAGCACUUUCAAUGAUGAAAUAGGUGCAGGCUGCUGGGCUCGGAUCCUGAACCAAAACUACGUGAAUGGAAACAUGACCUCAACCAUUGCAUGGAACUUGGUGGCUAGUUAUUAUGAAGAGUUGCCCUUUGGUCGAUGUGGAUUAAUGACGGCACAAGAGCCAUGGAGUGGCCACUACAAGGUAGAAGCUCCUAUCUGGAUUACAGCACACACAACACAAUUUACUCAGCCAGGCUGGUCGUACUUGCAAGUGGAUGGACACUUAAAAGGAGGUGGCAGUUUUGUAGCUCUGACAGAUGGCCUAGGAAACCUUACCAUCAUCAUUGAAACUAUGACUCAUAAUCACUCUCAAUGUAUCAGGCCUCCACUGCCUCACUACAGUGUGAAACCUCAAAGAGCAACUUUCUGCCUCAAAGGGUCAUUUUAUAUGGUAGAAACCCUUCAAGUGUGGCACUCGAGACUUGGUUUUGAAUGUGGAAACUCUAGUCUUUUCCAGCAACUUCAGCCUGUAAAGGUGUGGAAGGGAAGUUUUUCUUUAGAUCUCAAUGUGGAUGAAGUCUACACUUUAACCACACUCAAGACAGGGCAGAAAUGUGGUUGCCCAGAGCCCCCACCACCUCAGCCCUUUCCUUCAAAUUACAAAGAUGAUUUCAAUAUUCGUAAUCCACCUUUCAGUGAAGCCCCGAAUUUUGCAGAUCAGACAGGUGUAUUCGAAUACUUCAUAAAUGCUUCUGACCCAGGAGAUCAUGUGUUCACACUCCGCCAGGUGGUGGUUCAGCGACCCAUCACCUGGGUUUCUGAUGCAGACCAGACCAUCAGUCUCAUAGGAAAUUUCAAGUGGGUAAACUUCACAGUCACUUGUGAUGUCUACAUAGAAAAACCGCAUGAUGGAGGCGUGUUUAUUGCAGGAAGAAUUGACAAUGGUGGAAUAUAUGUUCGACGUACCAAAGGAGUUUUCUUCUGGGUUUUUGCAGAUGGCACCUACAGAGUCACUGGUGAUCUGGCUGGAGAAGAAAUAUUAAUGAAAGGACUUUCAGGUGUCCGGGAUAAUGCGUGGCACACACUUACUCUCAAUAUUCAGGGAACUUCUGCCUCAGGACUGUUAAAUGGUUAUCCACUGUGGGAGAAUGUCACCAUUUCAAAACCAAGUAACGGCUGGGCUGCUAUUGGAACUCGCUCGUUUGAGUUUGCACAGUUUGACAAUUUUCAUGUUGAAGCUAGCUAAGGAGGAUUUUACAUUUGGAGAACCCAGUUCUCGUAUUACUUUGAAUACGAGCCACUUCAAACUUUGAGGACAGCUUAAUGUUAUGCUGAGAUUGAUCUGUUGGCAAGGAAUCUUCAUUCUGUCCUUAUUUUUUGUUAAAGGUUUACUUGAGUAGGUAUCAACAUGACUGUAACUUUAUCCCGUGGUUGCUAUGAGAUUUUUUUGCCCUUUGAUUUUUGUGGGUAAAUUUUAAUUCAAAGUAAUUAUGAAAACAAAGUCACAAGUUUAAAUCUCUUUUAAUAACAACAUUAACUUUCCAGCUUGCUUUUUAAGAUAGCUUUAGAAGUUAACAGAAGACAGAGGCAUCUCAAGCUGCAUUUUCAGCACUUACAUGAUUGUGUCCAUUCUUUUCACUCCAAAACAAAGAAUUAAAUGCCAGUAUGCCUUUUGAGCCAGUGGCCUCAUACGUUUGGAGGUCUGUCAUUCUCAAAUUUCAUUUGGAUGAAGUGAUUUGUUUCUGUUUUGUUUUGGGUUUUUUUUUUUUUUGGUAAAAGAAAGAUGUAUUGUCUGGUUUUCUGCUACAGUUGGAGGCUGGACAUUACAGUACUAGAAGUGCCUUUGAGUACUUUGUGAUUACUUCUUACAAAUUUCAUUGCCAGCCUUAAAAUAUUAAUAGAUUGUAUUUACAGUGGAAUGGGAAUGUAACUUAUGGCUAAUCAGGCAGUGAAGGAUGUGCCUUACUUCUAAACUACCUCCUCUUUCCAAUGAAAGAGUUGAAAUGGAUGAAAAGAUGCCAUAACUUGCAGUUCAUUAUUGAUCGCUUUGUGGGUAUUUUGCAUGCUGCAAAGAAUAAAAACUUUUUGUCAUGGAUGCUGGCAAGCGGAUUGCUUACUUUCAUGUCAGGUCACAUGUGGAAGAUUUGGCCUUUUGUUCCUAGAAACUUCGGCAGCCAUUUCUUACUUUUGAUGCAUCUAAAGCCUAGAUCAGAACAUAAUUGAAUCUGAAUGUUAUUUGGCCUGUGAUGUUACUGUAACACAGAGGAGAUAACCUAUGACAUCCUGGCAUAAAAGAAAAUUAAAAAAAUAAACAGGUUUUGCCCAUAAGAGCUUGCAAUCAAGUCAUAGUAUAAGUGACAGCAGGUGGAUGCAUACAGAAUUGCUUAGUUUGCCAGGCAGUGUUUUUCUUGGGCAUCAGGGAAUAAAGUCCAGAGGGAAAUUCAAAUCCUUAGGAAAGGAGGGAUUCUCUUUAGCUGUUUCAUUUCUUUUUCCAAGUUACUUUGCUACAAAAAAAAGGGCAUUGAGAAAAUGAGGUACUGAAUGGGAUUUUCAUCACACACAUUCCAAAUUCAGUUGGCUUCUGAAUUUUUCUUGUUUGCUGUUGGUCAGUUUGAAUGAAGAUGUCUGUUGCCAUAAAGAAACAUGCCUCCCGUGUCCAUCUACUUUUCUCACAUCCUAUUAAAUUGACAAGCAAGUAGUUCCACAGACUUUGUAGGGCACUAGUAUCUGUAUGUGGCUCUCUGUAACAGGCAAUAUCUUAUCUUGAGAAACAGAUUUGCAGUAUACUUCGAUUUAUACUAAUUAUUAUUCUGAUCCAUUUUGUUUUGAGGGCUGAUUCCAGUAAGUGUUAACUUCAGUCUUCAAAGUUGUCAUUUAAUAUAGAGUUAAUAUCAUAUGAAUCAUUACUGGAAAAUUUUUAUAAAGAUUGUCUUCCAGAUUAGCUUCUAGAGAAGAGAUCUCAAAAUUCCAUAUCUAAUAAGUAAAAAUGUUUUAUCUUUUAGCUAUUAUAACUGCCAUUGAUUGGUCAUGAAUCAUUCAUAUGUGCAAGUUGCAUACACGCUAGUAACAUUGAAAAAUGAUCCAAACCACUAAGCUUUAAGACUCCUGGCAGAGUUUUCCAACUAUUAAGUAACUAUUUACUUAGCUGGUUGCAAGCCAUUUUUCCACUUCACUUUCAUUUGAUGAUUGAAGUAUUGAUGCAAAUCUGUUCAUUGCUUGCUUGAUUUCAGAAGGGAUGUCACUGGUAACUCCAGAUGUGAAGGAAUCUAAUUUUAGGUGUUCAUAUUCAAGUAAUACGAGUGUAGAACUAGUUCUCAGAAUACACUUAUUUUGGCUGUGAUGGGUUUUCCUAGUAGGAUACCUCUUGGAGACUUAACUUGUGACACUGCCAGCAGUGUUUGUGUAAGAGAUCAGCAGUAAUGCAGUUAUUGCAAAGGGAGCUGUCUGUUUUUUUUGUUUGUUUUUUUUUUUUACAUUUUAAUGCACUAGUGUAAUAAACUGUACUGUUGUGUACUAAACACAAUGUAUUUUAUCACUGGAACUGUUGGGGUUUUUUUUUCUAAUCUUAAUUUAUAAUGUUAGAGGAUUAAACUGUUAUGAACAGACUAAGUGAUUUAAUGGUGAUAUAAUGUUAUUCAUCUUUAUAUCUCUGUAAUUCUUCACCCUUCAGCAAGCUGUAAUAUGUUUGGCAAUAACAAGCUGUCAGGUUUUUCACUGAGGGGUGGAUUUAUGUUGUUGAUUAUAAAUACUAAUCAUCCUAAACAGACAAAUAAAACGCUUAA